UAACCGUUAAAUAUACAAAAUACAAAAUAAAAAUCACACCAUAACCCAAAAAUUUAAUAAAAGUAGCGCCAAAGUUUUCUGUUCAGGAAGUGUAAUUACUAAAGAAUACUUACGAUACAUACACUUUAAUAAUGUCCGAAACUAAUAGUGUUGAGAAUUUAGAAUCAGACAAUGACGAUUUAGGAUCACAUAAUGCACAAUCAGGGGAAGAAGAUAAUAUAAAUGCUGAAUCUGAAGCAAAUAAUGGUGAAGUAAGUGAGCAAUCUAAAUUAAUUAAACCUAAAAAAAUAGUACGUAAUCCGCAACCUAAACUAAAUGCUGACACAUUGAGAGGGCCAAAAGGACUUGUUGCUCUGGAAAGUCUUUUCGAAAAUGUUAAAUUCAAAGGACCAGGACAUGAAGAAGAAGAUUUGAAUCAUUUGAUGAAAACUUAUGAGUAUUGGUGUAACAGGCUUUUCCCUAAAUAUCCAUUUGAUGAAUGUAUAUCGAAAAUUGAAAAAUUAGGCUCAAAGAAAAUUAUUCAGACUUAUGUAAAGAAAAUGCGCCUUGGUAUGCUUGAUGAAGACCAUAAUGAGAAUGAUGUUGUGGAUGAAAAUGAAGAAAUUACAGAAAGAGAUGGAUGGGAUGAAAUUUUUGAUAGUUUAAAUAAUGAAUAUUCAACCUCAAAACAAGUACAACAAUCAGAGCCAGUUCCUCCACAAUUCCAUAUGUCUGAUAAUGAGGUAGAAGUAGUUCUUUCUGAAGAAGCUAAAGAAAGAAUACGAAAAAAUCAAGAAAGAGCUAAAAAGAUUAGAGAAGAAAAGCUUAAAAAUAACCAACUGCAAGGUAGUAAUUUUAGCAGUGAGAAUACAAUUUCUAAUAUUGGAGAUGUGGAAAUAUUAAAUGCCAGAGAAUAUCAGUGUAAUACUGAAAAUGAUGUAAUGAAUAUAGAUAUUAUGGAAACAGAUUAUGUUGUAAGCGAAUCACGAAAAAAUCCAAUGUCUGAUGUAUUAAAUAUUAAUUCUGACCAUUUAGUUGUAAUUGAUGCCAACAUAAAAAUUAGUAAGAGACAGUAUGAAGAAAAUGCUGUAGUAAUGGAUACAACUAUAUCUAAUAACAAAUGCAGUCCUCUUGUAUCAGAUAUAAUAGUACCAAAAACCUCGGAAGGAAACCUAAAGGAAAAUAUGAGAGUAGAGGAAACAGUGUCAUUACCCAAUCAAGUAAGACAAUCAAAGCAAGUUUCUCAGCAGUUUGAUACAUCCAAUAAUGAGGAAGAAGUAGUUCUCUCUAAAGAAGUCGAAGAAAGAAUAAGAAAAAAUCAAGAAAGAGCUAGAAAAAUAAGGGAAGAAAAGCUUAAAAAUAACCAAAUGCAAAGUAAUAAUGCUGGUAUGGUGAAUAUCAUUUCUAAUAUUGUGAUUAAUCCAGAUACGGAAACAGAUUUUGCUAUAAACAAAUCAGAAAAAAAUGUGAUUUCUGAUGAUUCAAAUAUUAGUUCUGACCAUUUACUUUUAUUUGAUACCAGUACAAAAAUUAAUAAGGAACAGUAUGAAGAAAAUGCUGUAUUGAUUAAUACAACCACAUCUCUUGGCAGUUGCAGUCCUAUUAGACCAGAUGUAAUACAACUAAACAAGUCAGAAGAAAACGUAACGGAGAAAAGGAAAGUAGUAAAAUCUGAGAGUGACUUUAAUGAAACAGCUAACAUAACGGUAACAGAUUAAAAAGGCUUUUUGAACAAAAAUUUAAUUACAAUAUUUUUCAAUAUUGACAACUAUAAUAACUAUAUUGUGCUUAUUCAAUCUUGACUGAAUUGUAAGCA